AUUAUAAGGAGCAAUAGUUCUAGGGUUAGGGUUUUAAAUUUUUAAUUACUGUAUUAUCUUCUUCCUUAUUUGGGGGAUUCUUUAGGGUUUCUAGUUAUAUAGCUCUUUGCUUCAGACGCUCACAGAUACAGAGUGCUGGGGCCUUUUUCUUUGUAUUCGAAUCGGUGGCGAUUGGCCGUGUGAUCGUUUUCUAGGCUUUUGCGCCCUUUGGCCGUUGAAAUCCAUGUUCAUCAGCGUCCCAUGGACUCGUCUCCAGUGCCAACCCAUCCUCCACUUGAAGAAGAAGAUGAGUGGGAUACCGAUGGAUUCGUGAUUCCAAGCUUGGAAAUUGGAGACCCAGAUCAACAAAAGCUUGAUGCUCCAGAAGUAGAAUCUCCAAAACCUCCUUCUCCAAAGGCCAAAAAGGAAGAGAACAUCUACCUAGGACCACACGGAGCACCCCCUUCCCAGUCAAAGCAGCAAGAGCAGAAUUCUUCUGGUCGUAAGCAGCGGUUCAAGCAAAAAUUGAAGGAAGCAGACCAGAGGACUAGUGGGACAGUUCGGGAGAAUAAGUUAGAAAGUCUUCGAGAACUUGUGGGUGGUGGCAAAAGAACUGUCAACAUGGAGAAGGGCAUUUUCAAGGAUUGGCUAGACCCACAUUGCCAAGAGUCUCAAUUUGAAAAAUGGAAUCCCCAGUGACCAGAGUAUCUGAUAGCUUAUUCAACUCGGCGCCAAUCGGCCUCUUUUUCUUUUCUGCUGUAACGCUACCGUAAGCUUUUAUCAUUUUGCAAGAUUGAAAUCAUCGAGGUUAUGUAUCUAGGCGAUAAAUUUUCUAUUGGAGGACCUUGGAGUAUUGCUACUGUUGCUAAAAAUGAUUUAAAAGUUACGGUUGUUUGCCAAUA